AGAGGACGCGCAUAAGCAGACACGCCAUCCCCUGUACUCACCAUUCCCCUCCCCAUUCCCCCGAACCCUACACCGCUCGAGGCGGAGAAAUUUAUUCCACCAUGGUCGCCGCCGCCAUCACCAUGGCUUCCUCCCCCUCGGAGAUCGCCCUCCACGCCGCUUACCAGGGAGACCUCUCCCUCCUCAAGAAAAUGGCGAUGGAGGUUGACCUGCAGGGAGUUAAGGACACCGAGGGGAGAAACACGCUUCAUUUGGCAGCAAGCAAGGGCUGCCUCGAGAGCUGCAUCUUCCUCCUGGAGACAUGUGGAAUUGAUGUCAAUUCCCUCUCCAAAUCAGGGACGCCAAUAUACUAUGCCGCACUCAAUGGGGACAUCCAGCUUGUGAAGUACCUUCUCGAUCACGGUGGCGAUCCUGCCAUGCCGAAUGAGACGGUGCACGCCGCAGCACAGGAAGGUCACUGCGAGGCUAUAAAGCUAUUGCUGUCCCGAGGACUUCCCGUGGAUGUUGAUCAGCAGGAUGGUACCCCAUUACACGCGGCGCUUGGAAAGGACAAAGCUGAGGCUGUGAAGGUUCUGCUGGAGCAUGGUGCUGAUCCAAACAAAAAGCAACUCUUGUUUACACCACUUGCGAGGGCUGUCAAUGAGAGGUCCUUGAAAUGCAUGGAGCUACUGAUUGAGGCUGGUGCAGAUCUGAAUGCUCACUGUAGCUUUGGACCGACUGCUUUAACGCAUGCUAUUUUUCAUGGCUCCAUGGAUUGUCUUAAGUUGCUCAUAGAAGCUGGAGCCGAUCCUAAUAUUCCUGACAAGCAUGGUAAUAUUCCAUUUGGGAUGGCAGCAUGUUAUGGGCAUCGGGACCUUGUUGAAGUUCUAUUUUAUGGGACAAAACCAGAUCCCAAAGUGCCAGAUUGGAGUGUUGAUGGGAUAAUGAGGGCCUUGAAUCAGGCUGCAGCUUCUGUGGACGAAAGAAUUGCUGCUUGGAAGUCACAAGGAAGGGAAGCAUAUGCAAAGGAGGACUACCGUACAGCGAUAUCCUUCUAUGGCAAGGUACUUGACAUACACCCUACAGAUGCCGCCAUGUAUGCCAACCAGAGCAUCUGCUGGCUGCGUAUGAGACAUGGGGAUAAAGCUCUGGAAGUUGCGCGCAAGUGCAGAAAGAUGCAGCCCCGCUGGCCCAAGGCCUGGUAUCGUGAAGGCAUGGCCCUCAGCUUCAUGAAGGACUACGAGGGCGCCGCUGACGCAUUCCGGGAGGCGCUGCAGCUCGACCCUAACAAUGAAGAGAUUAAGGAAGAACUGAGGAAAGCCGAGAAGGCCGUGGAGGAUCCCCAGCGUGUGGGUAAGAUAAGCAAGGGCUGAUGCUGGGUCUGGGUCUGUGACACUUACGUUUCCUGCAUCGGAAUUACUGAGUACUACUAAUAGCUAGCACUAGUAUGUUAGGAUGUCUUGCGCUGGCCAGGUUGCCAGUUUCAAAUUCUGCUCGAUCAUAGGCCUCGAUUUUUGGCUGUGAGACCUUAUUCUUCGUGACAGUACUAAUAGAUAGCCGGAUGCUAUGAACAGUCGCUACAUUUAUAUCCAUUUUGUGACAAGGAUGGUAACUAUGUAGUUUCAGAUCCGGGCGAGAAACCAGUCCAUAAUUGGUCACCGCGUCUCAAACUCUCCUCGCAGACAUAUUGGUUAACGGAUUA